AUGGCGACCAAUCAUUCUUUGAACCGGGUUUUGUCAAUUCAAAGCCAUGUUGUCCACGGAUAUGUCGGGAAUAAGAGUGCCGUAUUUCCCUUGCAGGUGCUGGGAUUCGAAGUGGAUCAAGUGAAUUCUGUACAGUUUUCGAAUCAUACUGGCUACAAGAAGGGCUUCAAGGGGCAGGUGCUGAACGAGAAACAACUGGCCGACGUCUUUUCCGGCCUUGUAGACAAUGAUUUGCAUAAACUCUACACACAUCUCCUCACGGGAUACGUGGGAAAUCCGACAUUCCUGCGCGAGAUAGCAAACAUACUGAAAUCAUUGCGAGCCGUCAACGCAAAACUUGUCUAUGUAUGCGAUCCAGUCAUGGGCGAUGAAGGUGUGAUGUACGUGCCAAAAGAGUUGCUGCCAAUUUAUCGCGAUGAAAUUGUUCCCUUGGCUGAUAUCAUCACACCGAACCAGUACGAAGUGGAACUGCUGACUGGAAAGCAGAUAAAAACGGAAACGGAUGUAUGGGAAGCUGUCAAAUGGUUUCACGACAAAGGCGUCGGCACAGUGGCCAUUUCUUCAUCCGAGCUUGGCUCCAAGGACACGCUGAUGGCUUUUGUUAGCUAUCGCGUCGCUGCCGGGACUGAGCGUUUCCGCUUGGCCAUCCCGAAACAAGGAAACAACCUUAUUCGUUUCACCGGCACCGGUGAUCUAUUCGCUUCACUUUUCUUGGCCCACGCCACCCUGACUAAAUAUGACAUGGGCGCCACCCUCGAACGGGCUAUCGCAACAUUGCAAGCGGUCAUUACGAAGACGUUAAGCUACAUUCCGGAUGAAGUUCUGGAGGGCAAGGUUCC